CAUAGAUGGCCUGCGAUGAGUUUAAGAUUUAAGAUUUUUUUAAGAUUUGAGAUUGAGAUAAGAUUUGAUAGUUAAGAUUUUUUAAGAUAUGAGAUUGAAAUAAGAUUUGAGAUUGGAAUAGGAUUUGAUAGAUCAUCUUAGAUCGAUUUAAGAUUUCUUAAGAUUUGAGAUCGAGGCAGGAAGAUUUAAGAUUCAGACUGUGACUCAGAUUGAGAUUUGAGUUGAAGUUGAGUUAUUAAAUUUGAAUUAUUCAUGGAGUUGAACUAUUCAAUUUGAACUAUUCGCGAAAUUGAACUAUUCAAUUUGAACUAUUCACAAAAUUGAACUAUUCAAUUUGAACUAUUCACGGAAUUGAACUAUUCGUGAGUCUUGCGAUAAAAUUGUAGAUAUGACUAUCAAUAUAUGAUAACCUUUGCUUUAUCGUUGUUGAUGUUGAUUGAUUCUGGUGUUGCUGAACGAAGGAACUUGUCAAAAGAGACCGUGCACUAGAUUGCAGUUCUUGCGUUUUCGCAUAUCCGCGCCGUUCUGACAAAGGAAACAAGGUGCAAGCUGCUGCGCGACAGGCACGGGCUGCCAGGCUGCGACCUGGCUGCAGUCGCAGACUGGCUGUCAGGCUGCUCGCUCCAGGCCGCGCGCGGCCUGCGAGGUUUGGUGAUGAAAAAUUUGUGUCUGGAUCGCGAUAAGUUUGCGAGCGAAAAACUUGAACCUUUCUCCUGUUUCAAAUACAAAAAGUUCUUGGCUGACAUGAGAAAACUCGUGCGCAAAAUGUGCGGACUCUGUAGGCGAUUGAAAUGUAAACGCACAAAAACUUUGGCGUUCAAAAAAGCUGCUGCUUACGGAAAUUACGGCGCUUAGAUGCAUUCGAAAAUUAUCCGGUGCAAAGAGAAAAGCAAAGUACGACAGGGCGGCGGCCAGCUGGCGGAAAAGAUUGCAGGGACCUCCGCGUGCAGCGGUGGCUGCGGCCGCCGCCUUCGAGAUCGGCCGGGCCGUGUCCGGCCGCUGGCACUGUGCGCGGGGCGGCCGCGCGGCGUGAGGCCGACGCGGCUAGCUUUUGGUUUUUCGAAACUCAGCGGCCGCCGCUAGUGCUUUGCGCCCCGGAGAGUUUCUUUGGCCGCGGCCCGCGCCCCCGCUCGGUUUUUUACGUGAGGCAGUCACCGCCGACCUGCCCGGGCCCGUGAGUGUUUUGGCGCCCCCCAGUCCUGGGGGCGGUGUUUUGUCCUUUUUUCCUAAGUGAGCUGUUGCCGGCUAUCUGGGUGCCUAGCUGCCGGGGACGACGCAAAGAAGCUUCCUGGGAGGGCCGCGGAGCGAGAGAGAGAGAGAGAGAGAGAGUGAGACGCCGAAGAGCCGGGGCGGUCUUGUGCCGAAUGUGCCGCGAUCGGGGCCGCGGUAGCUAGGUUCCUUCUGGGCCCCGGGCCCCCGCCAGCUUCAUGGCCUCCCCCCCGAGCUGCCGACGCUGCUGUGCUGUUUUUGUAUCGCCCGCCCCCCUUUUGGAUUUAUGCAACCCAACAGGGCCCCACGGUAGGAGGACGAGGAGUCAUAGAACGCAUUGGCGCUCGUCUUAGUCUUGUUGCCGCCUCACAAACUUCAAUCAAUCACUGAGCACGGAGGAAAAUAAGUAUUUAAAAACUUGCAGAUGAGCGCGUGUGGGUUGGAAACGAUGGCAAGCAUGCCGUUUUCACGCCGACCAGGCGUGGCAAGCCCUACAGGCCUAUCUUCUCCGAGCAGAGCGGGGACGCAGGUAAAAUUGUCUGUUAGCGUAGCUACCGCGAGCGUCUACCCGCUUUCUUGGGGUGUGUAAUUUUGAUUUUUUAGUAUGAAGAAAAGAUAGAAGAAAAAAAGUGUGUAAGUGUAACUGUAUCACAAAUUCGUAUUUGCAUUACAGGAAAAACCUGUCAUGCGCAGCUAGUACGUGAAAACACGCAUUUUCAUUUUUGUUAAGAGACUUUCGCGGAAUACAGAUCACAACCGCCGCGCCGAGCUGGACGAAAAAGAGCGUGUCCUUGCCCUUUUUCGGAAAGGGCGCAAUGACAAUCCAGAUGCGGGGGUGUACUACAUGUCCAAAGACGGAAAGCGCACCAGGUGGGAGCAUGCCUCAGCAUUUUUUCAGCGGCGCCAAGACCAAGCCAACAGCGCCGCUAAGACCUUCCCGCAGCAUUCCUUCACCAGCAAGACGACCGCAGUCCAAGCGCUUCCCGAAGACCAGGACACCGAUGCCCCGUCGCAAGACGAGCUGCCGCUCGACGAGGCCAGCCGCUGACUUCUGUCUGAUCUUUUCGUUUGCGCUCCUGCGAAGUUUGAUCAUGAAACGAGGACAAGCUCGAUGACAAGCAGGGAAGAUACAACUAAGGCUGUUCGAAGCUAGCAGGUACUAGACCUGAGUUUGUAUAAUUUGUAGUGCGAAUAAAGUUAUUCCCAUCAAAAAAUGUUUCCAAGUUCAUCAUAAUUUCCUUGUCUCUAAUGCAUGGCGCCCCUGGUUGAACUUGAAAGACAACUCAAACGAGUGAAAAACAGUAUAGAAAAAGAAAUCGGAAUCGCAAAAUAUAUAACAGAUCUAUUCGCCCGUCUCGCGUCACAUCUUCAGCUGCAGCGUAAUUGCUGUCAAUUUCCUACCCCUGCAAAAGAUAAAAACCACAUACAUUGGAACUCUUUCAAGUUGUACAGAAUUAGAUCGCCUAUCCAUCGCAAAUGCGUCUGGAUCUCGAAAGCUGUGAUGCGAAUGAGAUGUGACUGAUAAGAAAGCACCCUCGAAGAAUAAUAGGUAUGUAUGACAAGAAGUUUGCGAGCAGCGACCACGUCUUCGGUAAAUCGCAUGAUAAAGGGCCUUGUUGCAUGAUAAACGGUCGAGGGCCAGGAUGACACCGUGAGGACGACCGCAGGGGGUCUGUCUCAACGAAGAAGAAGACGGCAAAUAUAUUGGGCUCUAGCUCAACGCGCAUGACAGUUCUUCUGUUUCUCUUGCAAGCUAGCCUUGCAAUUUUCCAGACCCAGACACGUUUGCGAUGGCAAUGCAUAUCCCUCCAGCAGCAAGGCGAUGGCGAGUGCAGCUCAUCAGUUUUCAGUUUGUGAAAUAUCACCAGACAAUUGAAAGUUUGAAAGUUAGCGCUAAGAACGUUGAUUGCACUCAGUUCGGCACAGUCGUGUCUGUAUGAUUUGUUUCAGUUUUUAAAAGGUGAAGUUGUACUGCAAUCAUGAGUAUUUACUGCUAAGCUUUUUCGAAAUGCUACAUUCCGUUCGAGAUGUUGAUGUUGAAAUUCGACUUCUAUUGAAAGCCCAAUGAGAAAUGCAAAAUAGAAAAUUGCGCCAUCCUCUUGAUGCGUGCCUGAUAAAAUUUUUUCUGGAUCGUUUCUGUUGAUUUGUACUCUACUUUCGAAUUUGAGCUUCGCCGCGAAACUUUCGCACCAGACACUGUACAACAUCAAAAGCAGCAGCUGCGUCGACAACUCUUACUACGACUUCUGUGCUUACACCAAUGUAAUUGCGCACACCCAUGUGGAUUUCAAAUUCAAUUUUUGCCAGUACACGAACUAUGUCUACUGGUACCACUGUACUAAAUAGAACCACGGACCGUUUAUAGCAAGGAAAACGAGCUAUGACUUUGACCGCAAGGAAAACGGGAAAACCCCAAGUGCCUGUCAGUCUUUUACUGGCAAUUCCCGGUCGUAGUUGUAACAGUUCAACAUCAUCUUCAGCACUUUGU